AUGCUUCGUGAUGUGCCUCCUGCCAGCAAACUUCUUAAGAGAUAUUGUACACUUCCUGCCUCAGGUUUUUGUACUUUAACUCCUAAAAUGCAGUCGAUUAUAGCUGAAGCAGAUAAACCCAAUAAAGGGGGUAACAAAGGAGGAAAGAAGGGAGAAAAGAAAAAGGAAGAUACGGAAGGUCCAUUUGACCCUAAGAACACUCCAAAGAAGAGAAAGGCGAAAGCUGCUCCAUCUGCAGUCACUCCUAAAAAGCGAAAAUUGAAGAGAUCCGCUCGCAAGUCUAAGUCCCCUACACCUUAUGAAAGUGAACAGUCGCAAUCUGACACUCAGUUAGAUGUAACCCCUACUUAUAACGAUUUCUUUCCUACUGCUCCUCGUUCACCUGAACACACCACAACACUAAUAACCAUUACAUCCUGCCCUCCACCUGUUUAUUCUCAACAUCAAAGCACCAUUCCCUUAUCUAUUCCUUUAUUAACCGAUUCCAUUGUUCCACCAACAACAUCUGGAGAAUCUGUUGUUUUAGUUAAUGCAUCUGAUGCGGUGGAUAGAACUUUAGGCUUUACAUCCUCUCAUAUCUAUCCACCCAUUUCCCUAAUACAUCGAGAUGAUACUGAUAUGAUCUUGAGGGAUGAUGAAGAUGAUUUAGCAGGGUUCACUUUCAGUUCAUUCACUAUUCGGACGGCUAGUGAUGAUCAAACUUCAAUUAUGAAGGGGCAACAAAAAGCUAUCCACGAAAAGCUUGACUCUCUGCUUCAGACUUCCAAACCUUCUUCUUCUUAUGACUAA